ACACCAGUAGAAAUAUGGUUAGCAGAAUAUUUGUGCAAAAAGUCUUUUGGUACCUAAACGUGGCCAGGUGGCGUGUCAGUCCAACAACCAAUCAACGUCGGUAUUUACUAAAGCCGGUGACACCUGUUACUAUAGUGUUACGCGGGCCAAAUAGCAAGAAUAUCGCAUGAACAGCUCAUUGAAUUCAGUGUUGUGAUCAGUGCUUGUGUAAACGCGUGAACUACUCACUGAAAACAAAAAGGAAAUGACCUUGUUGAGGUUAACGUUUACACUUCUGGCCUUUGUACAGGUAAUUUUCGUGGCUGACUGCAACUCUAUUCCCAAACACAAAUGUACACCGCCUACUUCUUCAGAAAAGCAACAAACCGAGGCAUCUCUCAAGCCAGAUCACUUUAAACAACUUGGCAAGGUUCAAGACAUGAAGGAAUGUAUCGAUAAAUGCUGCGAUGUGGAACAUUGUGAUCUUGCCAUGAUGUCGUACGGCGGACAAAACUGUUACGGUGUAGCUUGUUUCAGUGAAAACCUUUGCCAAAUGCUUCCAUCAUACCCUACGAGAAUAAGUUUUGACGUUGCACAUGUGUCAAGGUGAUAAAUGGGAGAAGACUGUUAACGAUUGCAUGGUUAUAGACAAUCGUUUCAAGCGAAGACCGCACGCUUUGUCCUCUACGCUUCGGCAACCGGGAGCAGUCAAUGAGGCAUAAAACAUAAAAAUCUUAAUACAAGGUAAAUCAAGGUGUUGGAAUAUGGUGUAAUAUAAAAAAAGAAAACAUUGGACACUUUUAUAUCGUGAAGGUACCUCCUUAUUUUAUAUACAAAACUGAUAGGAUUUAUCAGCUUAUUUUUUUAAGGUAUAGCCAUGUAA